CAGAAACCCUUCAAGACCCCUUCUCAGGUUUCUCCAGGGUUUAAGAGUGAGGCCGUGACUUCAACUCUCACACUCGCUUCCGCUAUUUCAUUUUCAAUUGCUUCACCAAAAACCAUCAAACCCAUCCCCCAUUAGCCAAAAGCCAUGCUGGCUCUUCGUCGAGCUUGCAAUCCUCUCAAGUUUCGUGGAUUCAGUGUUGGAACUUCCCGUGCCUGUUGUGCUAAAUCAGAAAUAGUAUUUAGUUACAUAGAAGGCAAGGCUACGGUUGUCGAGCCUCCUCAACCUGUAUCUGAGAGGCCUCGAUUUUACCACAGCACAAAUAUUGGUUCAAAGUUCUAUUUGGAGAAGCGUGGUUUCGCUUCGCAAGCUGGUGCUGAAAGCAGUGAAUCAGAUGAAGACUUGGAGGACGAGUUCUCUGAACUUGAAACACCAAUAAGUGCCAAUGAAAGUGUGGUCAAUGUAGUUCAGCUAAUUUCUGAACCUGAGCUGUCCGAUGAUGACACCAAUGAUAUAGGGGAACCUUCUCAGAAUGCACUAGAACUAUCAGAUAAUGAAACAGAUCCAGCUGAGAAAAGAUUACCAAGGAAAAAGGCUCCCUCAGAAUUGUUCAAGGCCAUCAUUUCUGCUCCAGGUGUUUCUGUUCAUAGUGUUCUUGACAAGUGGGUGGCAGAAGGAAGGGACUUGGACCAGUUAGAGAUCUCUAAUGCCAUGUUCAAUCUUCGCAAACGUCGACUGUUUGGGAGGGCUCUGCAGCUCUCAGAGUGGGUGGAAGCAAAUAAGCGAAAAGACUUUGAUGAAAGAGAUUAUGCUUCUCGUCUUGAUUUAAUUGCAAAGGUGCGUGGUCUCCAGAAGGCAGAGGUUUAUAUCGAGAAAAUCCCAAAAUCCUUAAAAGGGGAGGUGAUCUACCGAACCUUGCUGGCCAACUGUGUUUCAGCUAAUAAUGCGAAGAAGGCAGUGGAAGUAUUCAACAAAAUGAAGGACCUCGAAUUACCGAUCACAUUAUUUUCUUACAACCAACUGCUGCUCCUUUACAAGAGGCAUGACAAGAAGAAAAUUGCUGAUGUGUUGUUAUUAAUGGAGAAAGAAAAUGUCAAGCCUUCUCUUUUUACUUACAUACUCUUAAUAGACACAAAAGGCCAAUCCAAUGACAUAGCGGGGAUGGAACAAAUCGCAGAGACAAUGAAGGCUGAAGGCAUUGAACCUGAUAUCAAAACCCAAGCUAUCAUGGCCAGGCACUAUGUAUCUGGUGGCCUCAAAGAAAAAGCUGAGAUUGUUUUGAAAGAGAUGGAAGGGGGCAACUUAGAAGAGCAUCGAUGGGCUUGCCAGUUUAUGCUUCCUCUAUAUGGUACUCUUGGGAAGGCUGAUGAAGUGAGUAGGCUUUGGAAGUUCUGUAAGAAAAGCCCCCGACUUGAUGAGUGCAUGGCUGCCAUUGAAGCCUGGGGACAGCUGAAGAAAAUUCCUGAAGCUGAGGCAGUUUUUGAGUUGAUGUCAAAAACAUGGAAGAAGCUUUCUUCAAAGCAUUAUUCUGCACUCUUGAAGGUUUAUGCAAACAACAAGAUGCUAUCUAAGGGUAAAGAUUUGAUCAAGCAAAUGGGUGAUAGUGGGUGUCGCAUUGGGCCAUUGACAUGGGAUGCACUUAUCAAGCUUUAUGUGGAAGCAGGGGAGGUGGAAAAAGCUGACUCUAUACUGAAUAAGGCUGUCCAACAGAAUCAGAUGAAGCCAAUGUUUAGUUCAUAUAUGAUUAUCAUGGAGAAAUAUGCAAAGAAGGGUGACAUACAUAAUGCAGAGAAAAUGUUUCACCGGAUGAGACAAGCUGGUUAUCAGGCUCGAUCAAAGCAAUUUCAGACACUAAUCCAGGCAUAUAUAAAUGCCAAGGCUCCAUGUUAUGGCAUGAGGGAGAGACUGAAGGCGGAUGGUUUAUUCGCCAACAAGGCCAUGGCAGCCCAACUUUCUCAGGUUGAUGCAUUUAAGAGGACAGUAGUUUCCGAUUUGCUUGACUGAAUUAUUUGAUGGCCCCUAUGCAUGGAUUACGUUCUUGUAAACUCUCUGUUCCGUGCAUGGUGGUUACAAGUUAUUAGUAGGUGAAACCUUUUUUUACGUAGACCUUUUUGCUUACUUUCAUGUCGCGACAGUUGUUCCCCAUCUCCUCUGUAGUAAUGUUUAAUCUUAUGCCUGCCAUUAUGUUUCUGUUA